ACCCCCCGCCCCGGCCAUGGACUCGCAGCGCAGCCCCGCUCCUCCGCCGCCGCCGCCGCCGCCCCCGGCGCUGCCCUCCCCCCCAGCGGCCGCGCGGGGCGAGCGGCUGCGGGCGCUGCACUGGGAGCCGCUGUCCGCGGCGCGGGUGCGGGGCCGCCGCUCGGUGUGGGCGACGAGAGCCCCCCCGCCGGCCCUGGACCUGCCCCGUCUGCGGCUGCUGUUCCGGGAGCCCCGCGGAGCGUCCCCGGGGCAGCGCCCGCCGCCCGCGGCAGCGCUGCUGGAGCCCAAGCGGAGCAUCGCCCUCGGCGUCCUCCUGAAGCAGCUCAAGCGCCCGGUGCGGCAGAUCGUGCGGGACAUCGAGGAGGGCGUCGGGGCGCCGUACAGCGCGGAGCUGCUGCUGGAGCUGACCCGGCUGCUGCCCGGCGCCAUGGAGGUGAGUCUGGGGCUGGGGGAGCCCCCGGCCGCCCCCUCUGACCUCCCGCUUCCCCGUCCCCGCCCGCAGGUUUCCCGGCUCCGCGCUUUCUCCGGCUGCCCCCAGCAUCUGUCCGAGCCCGAACUGUUCAUGCUGCUGCUGCUGGAGGUGCCCAGUUACGCGCAGCGCCUGGAGCUGAUGGUGCUGCAGGAGGAAUUCAAGCCCCGGCUCAGCGCGCUCCGCGCCUCCAUCCGGACCCUGACCGACGCCGCCGAGGAGAUGGUGCGGUGCGAGGAGCUGCACGCGGUUCUGCAUCUCGUCCUGAGCGCUGGGAACCACCUGAACGCGGGCGGCUACGCGGGCAGCGCCGCCGGGUUCCGCCUGGCCUCGCUGCGGAGGCUGCCCGACACCAGGGCCAACGUGCCGGGCGUGGAUCUGCUGCACUUCGUGGCCAUGGAGGCGGCCCGGACGGACCGACGGCUGUUGGAUUUCCCGAGCAAACUGCCGCACGUGGGCCCGGCCUCGCGGAUCGAGGAGGCGGAGCUGGAUGCGGAGCUGCGGCGGCUGUCGGCGCGGGUGGCGGAGGCGCGUGGUGCGGGAGCGGCGCUGUGUGCGGGGCUGCGGCCGUUCGUGCGGGCGGCGGAGGCGGAGCUGAGCGCGGCGCGGGCGGACAAGGAGCGGAUGCGCGGAGCCGCGGCGGCGGCGCUCGAUUUCUACUGCGAGGAGGCGGCGCCGGGCGCGUUGCGGGAGCUGUGUGCGGUGCUGCACGGCUUCGCCGGCCGCUUCCUGAGCGCCGUGCAGGAGAACCGCGCCCGGGAGCAGUCGCAGCGGCGGCGGCAGCAGCUCGAGCUGCAGCGGGACAAACGACGAUCCGUCGCCACGUGCUCGUUGCGGGACGCGGAGCCCGACGAAUUACUCCGACAGCUCCGCUCCGGCCCGGCGCUGCUCCGGCGGAACACGGCCCCGGCGCUGCCCGAGCUGCGGGGCGACCCCGAAUCCCCGCUGCCCGAGAGCUCCCCCCCCGGCCCGGCUCCCUCCGCCCCCCCUCCCCCGUCCCGGUUCUCCGCGCUGUUCUCUCGGUGGGGGUCCCGUCGCGCUCCCCCCGCGCCGUCGGGCGGCCCCGCUUUGCUCGGCUUCUUGCGGCGCCUGGCGGGCGGGGCGGCGCGCGGAGCCCCCCCGAGCUGAGAACCGGCGGAUUUUAUCCUCCUUUAUUUUUCUGUGUGACGAUAAUAAACGCUUUGGAUUCUCCUCCUGC